AUGUCCUCGAUCGCUUUGCACGUAGCCUUGCUAAGUGGGGAGCAGAUCGCCAUCUCUCGGUCACCCCACUCUACCAUCGGUGCACUGAUUGAGGUCGUCCAGAAGGAGUUUCAAAAACCCGUCGGAAAGCUGAUUAGCGCCUCUGGUGACCGCUUGUUGGAGUCGGCUACACUCGCGCAAGCGGGCAUCAGAGAGAACGAUGUUGUCACCGCGGUCGUCCAAGAUGUAGCUGUAGCAGCAACAAGUGCCGCGUUCGCCGCGAUCCGCGCAAAUGGCACUGUAGUGGCAUGGGGAUGCCCAAAACGAGGUGGCGAUUGCAGCGCAGUGCAAGACCAGCUCCAGAACGUGCAGCGGUUACAAGCAACGGACCAUGCUUUCGCUGCCAUCCUCGGAGAUGGUUCAGUUGUGUCCUGGGGCGAGCCGAGUUUUGGUGGCAACAGCUCUGCCAUACAGAGAGAGCUCCAUGGCGUGUGCCAGAUUCAAGCUACAGAGACAGCUUUUGCUGCAAUCAGAGAGGACGGAGCUGUGGUGACUUGGGGAGACGCCUUUUGCGGAGGCGAUUGCAGUGCUGUGCGCGAUCAGCUGCACAGCGUGCAGCACAUCCAAUCCAACCCGUCGGCUUUUGCAGCCCUUCGGGCAGAUGGACGUGUGGUGACAUGGGGUGCAUUUUUCCUUGGCGGCGAUAGCAACCACGUGUGUGAUGAGCUGCAAGACGUUCUGCAAGUCUGCGGCGGUUUGUGUGGCUUUGCUGCCAUCAAAGCUGGAGGCAGGAUUGUAUUCUGGGGCCCGAUGUCGUACCAGGGUGUGCAUGAGACGGGGCUGGACGGCAUUACGCAAGUUCAGUUCAAUGUCAGGCAUUGGGCCGCUGCCACACAAGAAGGGCACUUGGCACUGAGCCUUCGACUCUGCGACCAGCCAGACCUGCGGGUGCCGUCAGGCGUGCUUUCGGUGCCGGAUUGUGCAGCCAGUCUCGCUUGGGGUGGAUUACACGAUAUAAUAAUACUUCAGAAAGAUGGAAUGGUGCAGUUUUGGGGGGAGGGGGUCCCAGAGUGGCUCAGAAAAGAAUUGACGAGCGUUGUCCGGCUUCGGUGUGGUUCUAAUGAACUUCCCAAGUGUGCGGCCGUCCGAUCGGAUGGAUCUGUUGUGGCAUGGCAGUUCUCGGACAAGGGGGCGAUCUUCGAUGUUAGCGCUCAUGAACACAAGCAGCUGCAGAACGUCACAGAUGUGCAGUCGACUUACGGGGGCGCUUUUGCUGCACUUCGGGGAGAUGGGACCGUCGUUACUUGGGGGAGAGCCAUUUCAGGCGGGGACAGCGCCGCCGUGCAAGGGCAGCUGAGGGGCGUGGUAGCAAUUCAAGCCACUUGGUGGGCCUUUGCUGCCAUCCGCUCUGAUGGAUCCGUCGUAUCAUGGGGAUGCCCGGGGCAUGGAGGCGACAGCAGCCGAGUUCGAGACCAGCUUGGCCAAGCAACAGUGGACCAGGAAACAACACCGAAACCCCGCGCCGGCAAGCCGAAGGUCAAGUCUGUGCUCAAGAAGCCGUCAAGGAAGUAG